AUGCAGUCAUUCAUUUCUUCCCCUCGUGGAAUGUCACUUCUUACUGUCGCACUUGCUUUGUUCGGUCCUCUCGUAUCAGGAGCAACUUACUCUAAUGCCACUGCAACUAACUCUACAACCCUCGGUCUCUUGUCUUCGGAUACUGUGACCCUUGAUGCAAAAUGGAACGCCGCCUAUGCGAAAGCUCAGGCUCUCGUAGCACAGCUUAACAAUACCGAGAAGGUUGAGCUUAUCACUGGAUCUGAUGUUGCAUCUGUCAACUGGACUGCAUUGCAAUUCAAAGAUGGUGAUCAAGGAGUUAUCAGUUACUAUGAUGCUUCUGGUUUCUCCGAAACUUCGGCCCUUGUGCAGACUUGGGACAGAAACUUAUGGACGUUACAAAUGGAAGCUGUGGGUGCUGAAAUGUACGGAAAGGGAUUCCAGGUUGUCAAUGGGCCUACGUCUGGACCUCUAGGGAGAACUCCUUGGGGUGGCAGAUUAGUCGAGACCAUGGGUCAGGAUGUGUAUUUGAAUGGGCAAAUGGUAGGUCUAGCAACGGCAGGUUUUUUGACUGCUGGCGUGGUUCCGGGAGGAAAGCACUUUCUUCUCAAUGAGCAGGAAACCAACCGAAGCUCACUGCAGUCGGGAACUACCACGUACACUUCUAACGCAGAUGACAAAACUCUCCACGAGACAUACCUCUUCCCAUUCUACGAUGCGGUCAAGAGCGGGAUGGCGGGCAUGAUGUGUGCCAUGAGCCGGGUAAAUGGCACGCAAGCAUGCGAGAAUUCCUAUCUCCUCAACACCAUCCUCAAAACCGAGCUCGGCUUUCCCGGCAUCGUCUUCCCCGACGCGGAUGGCCAGUUUACAGCUUUCGGUUCUGCCAACGGAGGCGAGGACUACGGAUCCAGUUCAUUGUGGACGGAUACUCUUGUCGCGGGUAUCACGAAUGGCUCCUUCACCAAGGCAAGACUGGAUGAUAUGGCCAUCCGAAAUGUCAUCCCCUACUAUUAUGCUGAUCUGGACAAUGGUUUGCAACCUAAUCUCUCAUACGCGACCGACUACGUCGACGUGCGUGCAAACCAUAGCGCGAUUAUCCGCCAGGUUGGGUCCGCGUCUCUUUCUCUGCUGAAGAAUGUUAACAACGCCCUACCGCUCUCCAAGCCCAAGUCCCUCGCGAUCUUUGGAGCAAAUGCAGGACCGGUGAUGGGUGGUCCCGGAAUCGGUUUCAGUGUUUCUGGGACUGAUUCUACAUAUCAAGGACAUCUUGCUGGCGGCUCAGGCAGUGGAACAUCGACGUUCCCUUAUCUCGUUACACCCCACGACGCGCUUCUCCUCCGAGCAAUCGAUGACGGGACGGUUUUCCGCUGGAUCAUGAACGAUACGGGGUAUGCGAGCAGUUCGGGGGGGAUGGGUAGCAUGGGAGGCUCUUCUUCCAAGUCAACCGGAUUUGGAAGUGGAACCAACUCGGCGGUUUCUUUCACUUCUUAUGCCACUGAUAUGGAAGUCUGCAUCGUAUUCCUAAACGCCUAUUCGGGCGAGGGAUUAGACCGCACCGAGCUUUACAAUACCGAUCAAGAUGACUUGGUCAUCUCGAUUGCAAGUGAGUGCAACAACACCAUGGUAGUCCUGAAUACCGUCGGGGCUCGACUGAUGGACGCUUGGAUCGAGAACGAGAACGUCACUGCUGUUGUAUACGGAGGUCUGCUUGGGCAAAAUUCCGGAUACAGCAUUGCCGACGUUCUCUACGGCGACGUCAACCCCUCCGGCCGCCUCGCAUAUACCAUCGCCAAGAACGAAUCAGACUACAAUGUAGGGAUCUGCCUCACGGAAGUGUGCGAGUUCACCGAAGGUAAUUACAUCGACUACAAGUACUUUGACUCCUACAACGUGACCCCCCGUUUCGAAUUCGGCUUCGGCCUCUCGUACACCACCUUUUCCUACUCCGACAUCACCGUGACUCAGACCGCCGCGCUCAACUCCACCUACGCCACAGGCACACUCAGCGUCGGCGGCCGCGAGGAUCUCUGGACCGACAUCGUGAACGUGACGGCGCUCAUCUCCAACACGGGCAGCAUCGACGGCCACGAAGUCGCACAGCUAUACGUCUCGUUCCCCGCCGCGGCCGCGCAGCCCGUACGCCAACUGCGGGGAUUCGAAAGAGUGCUCGUCGGGGCUGGGGAUGAUGAAGCGGUGAGCUUUGCGCUGCGGAGGAGGGAUUUGAGUUAUUGGGAUGUCGCGGCCCAGGAAUGGGCUGUGGCGCCUGGGACGUAUAACUUCACGGUUGGGGCUAGCAGUAGGGAUUUGCGGUUGUCGGCUACGCUGGAUAUUAGUAUAUAG